GCAGCAACAGGACUGAAAACCGUGCCGCAAAUGUGAAGUGUUGUCAUUUGGAAAAGGCGACAACAUAAACAUUGUCCAGGCAACACGCCAAGCGAUAGAAACCAAGAGCCAAACGAGUUAAAUAAACUAAAGAAAGCGAACACAAAGUGCAAGUGCAAUUGAAAAUGUGUCUGUAUUUGGGCGUAGUGGAGCAUCUGGUGGAUGUGGUCGCCUAUUGUGUGUGCCGCAUGCUGGAGCUGACCCUGGUCACCUUCAUGAUGAUGUGCAGCACGGCCAAAGCAAAGCUGGCCAGCGGCAACAGCAACAACAACGAGCUGACUCUCGCCGAGCAAUGACCCAGAGCAAGUGCCGCUGGACUCGGACUCGGACUUGGACUCGGAAUCGGACAAGAUGUCAGCUGCAACGGCAGAUGCACUGAGGGGGAGCGCAGAUGGGGGGUGGGCAAUGUCUAACAUUCUAAUUUAAGUGACUU